UUUACCUUUUAGCCUCGAUCAAAGCAGAACAAUUUGCAUCAGGGUUGAACAGUGUAUCUCGAAUUACUUUAUGUCUCGUGUCCAUAAUUAAAUUAGGAUCAACCUAAUUGCCAACAUGGAAACCGCAGCGUCAAUUGUUGUCAAGCCAGUGCUGCUGCAGCAAGUGCAUUGUAGGCCUGAAAGUGCAUCUGCUUCUUAAAUUCUAUUUAUGUUGAAGCUGGUGAUCAAUCGUAAUAUCACUGACGGAACAUAUAAAAUACAAUGGAUCCUAAGGGCCCUCCUGAGGGGGGCCCUGGUGACACAUUUGAUAUGUCCAAUAUUGGCAAAGUUGCUGACACUUCGGUAACUUGGCCAAUUGAUAGCCCAAUUAAUUCAGCAAUAUUUGAACAGCCAAAGAAGAUGAAUAAUAAUAGAUUACUAUUUUUGACCGUUGAAUAUGUUGAAGAUCAAUCAAGAGAUUAUUCCCGCUUAUUUCCAACAUACGAGCAGGUCUCGUUCUCACCCAGACCUUCAUCUCCUCUUUCCGAAUUUGAGCAUCGUGUUAGUCCACUUGAUCCAAAUAUGAGUUCUGCUGCUAGGUAUUCGCCAACUCCGGUUCAAUUAACUCCAUCUCCUUUUCAUAAUUCUGUUGUUAUUCUCCAAGGUCCUUCCUCCCCUUUAAUAUCUACAACUGAAUCCAAUAUGAGAUCAAGUAUCAAUUUUGUGGGUCAAUUGACUCAUCCGAUAGAUGCGCAAACUGAUACUGGAACAGAUUUUAUUGACGAAGAAAAUGAAGAAACUUUAGUUUCUAGCGUGGAAAACGAAUUAAUUUUAAUGCAAGAGCCUAAUACAGAAUUGGAGCGGAGCACAACUCCACUCAUGUUAACAGGUAUACCAAGUGCAGAUUUUACUUUAACAAGAGAUUAUAUAGUAAUGCAAGAUGAUCAAGUAAAUGUAAUGAAUCCUUUGAAAAAUCUUUCAAUGGGAGAUAAUCAUAUCACUAAUACAUCUGAAAAAAAAGAUAUAAUAAAAGAAAGUAAUUCUCAGUCAAUAACAGAAGCCAAUUCCAGUCAGAUUAAUGAAAUAUUAUCUCAUGCAAAUAAAAAAAAAGCUAUUGAUAAGAAGAAUACGAAGAAGUCGAAGCAACAAAUGGAUGAUGAUAAAAAUUUUUGGUGUGACGAAUGUGAUGGUAUUUGCACCAAUGAAGAUGGUUGCACUUCUCAUAAUGUAUGUACAAUUGCUGAUCAACCUGUACCAUCACGAGCUAUAGCUACACUGCCAGAAUCAUAUCUUUCUAUAAAUAAAUUAUCUACUGUGGAUAUUAUACCGGGUGGUUCUGAAUAUGGAGUUUUUGCAAAACGCAAUAUUCGUAGACGUACACAAUUUGGUCCUAUUGAAGGUAUUUUAUAUGGUUAUGAUGGCACAUCAUUUGAAAAUGUAUUGCCACUACUUUAUGAAGCAGAAGGAGGACAAUUUUUGAAAGUUGAUGUUUCAGAUGAAAAUACUUCAAAUUGGAUGCGUUUUGUGAGGCCUGCACUUACGUAUAAAGAACAGAAUCUAGCAAUUUGUCAACAGAAGGAUGGAAUCGUAUUUUUAACUACAAAAAAUAUUUUACCAAAAGAAGAACUAAGAGCAGGGCCUCAUCCUGAUUAUGCAGCACGUAGAAAUUUAAUGGUAUUGAAACCUGAUGUGCGAGAUGACAAAGAAUAUAACAAUGGUAUGAAUAUUUGGCCAAGGUCAGAUAACAAUUCUUAUAAUCAUGCAAGACGUAUGAAAUUAUACAGAGGCAGAAAUUUGAAGGAAAAAGAGAAUACAAGACAAAAUAAUCGUAAAGAGUGGAAAUGUUGUACAUGCAAUUUAAUCUUCAAAAAACUAUCUUUAUUUAAAUUACAUAAUCUAAUGCACAAUCCAGAAGACAAUAAAAUAAAUUGUCAAUCAACAGUUUGUCCACAGUGUGGGUUAGAAUGUCAAAAAGAAUUUGAAUUAAUUAGUCACGUUUCACAACAUGCAAGAUUAUCUUUGCCUAAAGGUAAUAAAUUGACCUCAGUGGUUGCUGCAUAUAAGUGCUCAAUGUGUUAUAAACGCUUUGCAACAAAAGUACGACUGCAGAAACAUUGUUUGGUGCAUGGUGCCGAGGACCAAAAGCCACUGCCAUGCAGCAUUUGUCUGAAAAGAUUCAUGAAUAAUUCUGCUUUAUCUUGUCAUUUAAAAACACAUAGAGAAACUAAGCAAGUGUAUGAAUGUCCAAUAUGCAGACAACUCUUUGAUCAAGGUGUGAUGUUAAAAGAUCAUGUUGAGACACAUAAAAAUGGAGAUCAUACAUUUACCUGUCCUCAUUGUCAAAGAAAUUUUAUUAAAUAUUCAGUAAUUCGUAAACAUAUAAGAGCUCAUCAUUGUGAAAGAAAACACAAAUGUCAGUUUUGUACAAAACGUUUCCCUACAGUGGAUAAAUUACGAAUGCAUUUACUUAAACAUUCUGAUCACAGGGAAUUUCACUGUGCUAAUUGUGGAAGACAAUUUAAAAGAAAAGAUAAACUUAAGGAACACAUGACUAGAAUGCAUAAUUCGCAGAAAAUGAAUAAAGAACAAACAGUACAAAAUAAUCAAACAAAGAAGUUUGUGCCAAAGGUAAAUCCAAAUGAUUACAAUCGUUUCAUAUAUAAAUGCCAUCAAUGUCUAGUAGGAUUUAAACGAAGAGGAAUGCUGGUAAAUCAUUUGGCAAAACGACAUCCAGAUGUUGCUCCAGAGUCUGUUCCCGAAUUAAAUUUACCAAUUUUGCGACAAACGAGAGAUUAUUAUUGUCAAUAUUGUGAGAAGGUGUAUAAAAGUAGCAGCAAACGUAAAGCUCAUAUCAUGAAGAACCAUCCAGGUGCUGCUUUACCACCAAGUAAUCGUCAAAAAGAAUCGGAAUAUUCGAGUCUGCCUAAUCCAACUUUUAGUCAGACAGUUGGUAGUAUUACAACUACACCUCAAGGGUGUCAAUGGUGCCAUAAACAAUAUGCUAGUAAGGCAAAACUUUUGCAACAUCAACGUAAAAAACAUCCAAAUUUAAUGGAACCAGCGGAUCAAGUUCCGCGAUCGAGAAGUCGUCUACUACAAAAUCAAAACCAACCACUUACAUUAAGUGAUAGCAGUUUCAUGUUAUCAGAUUAUAUUCAAACAUGCGACGUAGACGGAGAAUUGUUUAGGCAGAGGGUAAUCAAAAUAUCAAAUGACGUUGAUCUAAUAAGUAACAGUUUGGAGUUUGUUGGACAACAAUUUGUACGUAUGCGUGAUAUACGUUGAAGAAAGAAACGGCAAACCCGCUUUGUCGGGAAUCAUCGCCAAUUUAUCGAGAUAUGAAUCUCGUGACUUUGUGCAUAGUCAAAAAGGCUGUGCUUUUUUGCUGCCGGUACCAAACACAAAGGCAUUGUUUGCCUGACAGAAGUGUGGUAUGAUACUUCUACUUGAGAGUAUUUGGAACGCAGCUUUGUCAGCGGCAGUGCGAAACACUGUGCGCUGUUGUCUCAAUUGUGUGAAUUGCAAUGAUGGCCACUGACGAUGACGACUUCAGUGGAUUUGUUGGAACGAUACAUACACGACUUUAUGAGUACUUUGUCUGAGCCUCGAUACAAAAAAAAGCCUAAUGACCUAAAGAGUAAUAAUGAACAAGAAACAGUAAGAUUAUACUUGCAAUAGACGUACUAUUGUCUUGUAUAUUAUUGAAAACUUCGUUCACAAGACAUUAUGGAUAUUGAUCAUCAGAAGGUAGGACAAAUCAUCGUACUGUCGGCACUUAUCUAGUGCUAGGUCUAAUAGUUUCUUUUGAAGUCUAAACCAAGCUUAAAUUUAUUGCCAGAGUCUAUUGUGAAUGUUAACAAAACUCGACAUGCUUUACGUUCUAAACGUUUAAGCUUGGCUUAAAUUAAAAGACUAAAUGAUCUUACUGCAUCUUAGAUCACCGUGGUUUUGUCUGUAUAACGUGAUUGUUUUGUGAUAGACUACAAACCGAAUGUAAUACUUGCAAGACAUGACGUUAAAUCAUUGUUCACUACACAUUUGGCUUUAACGGUAAAAAGAAAGAAAAAAAGGAAAAAAAAAGAAAAAGAAAAAAAAGUUAUCUGUAGAUUUUUCGAACGACUGCAAUCUCCGAAAAAAAAAAAAAAACGAUAGUACGUUUCACUUUCGCUCUAUCGUAAUUCAUAAAUUUUCCUCGUAAUCUAUUUGUGUCUUUCACGUUUAGAGCGGAACACAUCCUUCUCCUUCUUAGACUUCCAACGAAAUACAUACAUACAUUGUUUUUCACGUAAUCGUUUCUCGAUAUCUAGUUUCAUACGCAUACCAUCUCGGUGUGAACGUUUUUGCAUCCUCCUUGAUCAUUGAAUUAGGAUGUCCGCUUAAAGCCGACGUAAGAUACAAGGUAAAAAUGUAGUUAAUCAGGAAAAGAGAAAUUUUUGUCUUCGUAGUGUUAUGAUGUAAUGUGUAAUAGAAAUACAUUAAGCACACAUAAUUUAUCCUAACAUUUAACAAUCCCUUUUAUCUGGAUAAUAUUUAAAAAAAGUACCGUACAAAAAGUACAAGCGUUGCUCAUUUAAAAGGUUGUGAAAAUUCGUAGUAUUCUUAUUUUGAAGAAUUUUAGAUUGUAUGUCGGAUCCACACUCGUUCAUCGAUUAUAAAAUAAUAUAGUAAACUUUACAUAACACGUUAGUUUUAUUACAUAAGAUGAAAUUUUUUUCUUCAAAUUACAGGAAUGAUUUUUCAUUUAUUUUACUUACACAAGAUGCAUACAGUAACACACAUUAUUACAAAUGCGAAGACAAAAGAUUGCAUGUUUGUUGAUGUCAUUGAGUACAUGGCAAAUUGUACUGUAAACAUGAUUUAAAUAAAGUUAUUGGAUGAUCGAUAUAUAUAA